GUCAUGGAUGGUGAUCCGGCUGUCGAGUCGCAGCUGGAUGGCUUCAGUCUGGUGCUACCGCUGCCAUAUCGUGUUGCUCUGAUCAUCGUUUUGGAAGCCAGUGGCUCAUUGUAUUCACAUAGNGACGUACCAUCCCUUAUUCGUUAUCCCGCUCGUAACUCUCCCACCGAACCGCCGCAUCACCUCUCUACAUAUCGCCUUGCGACUAUCCUUACGAUUCCUCUCGCUUUCUCGUUGUUCCUCUUCUGGAUCAUCACGCAAGGCAACCCUGCCUCAGUCGCAAGUUGGGAAAUCCUACCCAAUCUAUACCUGCUCGUACUCGUACUUGCAUUCAUUCUGCCGAUCCAGCGCGUCUCACGCAGUGGCCGCUACCGUACCCUCGCUACUCUCAAGCGCGUCAGCAUAGGUGGUUUGGCUNNGGAAGCCCACGAUGGAAAAUUCGGAGAUGUUCUGAUGGCCGAUGUCUUGACAAGUUAUGCAAAAGUUAUGGGAGAUUUGUUCAUUGCGCUCUAUAUGUUCUUCUCGACGGGCAGGAGCUCAACAGAGAAGCCGGAUCGUCAAGCCGGAGGUUCAUACUUGGUUCCGUUCAUCAUUGCUAUUCCUAGCAUGAUCCGUCUGAGACAGUGCUUGAUUGAGUACUUCAGAGUCCGCAAGGCAAACGCAAAGGCAGGAGGCAUUGGGUCUCAUGGAUGGGGUGGUCAACAUUUGGCGAACGCUCUCAAGUACUCUAGUGCUUUCCCCGUGAUCAUCCUCAGCGCUUUGAUGAGAGGAUACGACCCAGCAAAGAUUGGCAUGUCCGAGGCUGGACUGUUCCGUCUAUGCUUUAAGCUCUCUCCACACUUGGACCACUUCAACGAUUUGGAAGGCGGCAUCUUCGUGAUGGAAUUGCUUGAGGUUCUUCGACGCUGGAUCUGGAUCUUCUUCCGUGUCGAGACUGAAUGGGUGCGCAACACUCGUGGUCCUGCACCAGACGAAAUCCUCCUUGGUGACNNUUUCCCCCCUAACAAGAUAGACGAAGAUUAA